AUGCGGGCGCUGCGCAGCGGAGGGAUCGCCUCUGAAGCCCCGGACGCGGGCUGGGAAUUCAGCACCCAGGGCGCGCGGACAGCUCCCCACGCCGCAGCGCGCGGCAGCACCGGGAGAGAGGGGGGAGGAAAGAGCCGCGGGUUGAUUCAGCCUUCCUCGCCCUGCCAAGACGAUCCCAGCACUGGAAAUGUUACAAGGGACGUUUGUAAGGAGCAAAUCUGCUCCUGCAACGAGGUAGAGGGAGAUCUGCACAUAGACUGCGAAAAGAAGAGCUUCAACACUCUGCGGCACCUGACGGGUCCCAGCUCGCAGUUCUAUCACCUGCUGUUGCACGGGAAUUCUUUGUCCAGACUGUUUCCCAACGAGUUCGCCAACUUUUACAAUGCCGUGAGCCUGCAUCUGGAAAACAACGGCUUGCACGACAUCGUGCCCGGCGCCUUUCUGGGACUGCAGCUGGUAAAGAGGCUGCACAUCAAUAACAAUAAGAUAAGAUCCUUCAGGAAGAGUACGUUUCUGGGGUUAGACGACUUGGAAUAUCUCCAGGCUGAUUUUAAUCUAUUGAGGGAUAUCGACCCCGCUGUUUUCAGGGACCUAAAUAAACUUGAAGUGUUAAUACUUAACGACAACCUCAUCAGUGCGCUACCUAUAAACGUGUUCCAACAUGUGCCCAUUACGCAUCUCGACCUGAGGGGAAACCGAAUCAAAACGUUGCCUUAUGAAGGGAUUCUGGAGCAAAUACCGGGCAUUGCCGAGGUUUUGCUGGAGGACAACCCGUGGGACUGUAACUGCGACCUGGUUUCCCUUAAGGAAUGGCUGGAGAAUAUACCACACAACGCGCUCAUCGGGAGGGUGAUAUGCGAGGCUCCCACCAGGCUCCAAGGCAACGACUUAAACGAGACGUCCGAAGCGGAGCUGUGUCCUUCACAGAGCGGCGGCGUGGACACCAGCCUGGUGGCCCCUCCCACUCAGGAGGAGGCCUCCCAGCCCCGGGGCCCUCGCCCCACGCCUUACAAGCCCAGCAGAGAGGCGGGGGGCGGCGGGGCGCCGACGCCGGGCAGCCACAACUCCAAGAGCCAAUCCAAAUCUCGUGAGAACUGGCAGCUGAAGACCAAGCCCACCCCGGGGGGGGCAGGUGUGAGCGGGGACGGCGAGCAGCUGCGCAACGUGACGUGCCCGCAGCCGUGCAGCUGCAGGCUGGUGGGCUCCAGGCGGGGGCUGGGGGUCAACUGCGAGGGCAAAAAGAUCGAGAGCUUGUCUAACCUCAAACCGAAGCCCCUGGCCGCUCUGGAGCUCAACAUGAGAGACAACAACAUCCACGCCGUCAAAAAGAACCAGCUGCUGGGUUACUCCAGCCUCAACCUGCUGGACCUGGGGGGCAACAACAUCAAGGUGAUCGACAACAGCACCUUCCAAAACCAGAGCGAGCUCCGCUGGCUGUACAUGGAUAAGAACUACCUGGAUACGCUGGUGGCAGAGAUGUUCGUGGGCCUGGUGAACCUGGAAUACCUCAGUUUGGAAUACAACGACAUCCAGCUGAUCGUGGCGGGGGCGUUCAGCCCCAUGCCAAACCUGAGGGUUCUGUUCCUCAACAACAACCUGCUCAAGUCUUUGCCCGCGGAUGCUUUUCUGGGAAUUUCUUUGUCCAAAAUCAGCCUGCAUAAUAAUUAUUUCCCCUAUCUCCCAGUCGCUGGCGUCUUAGACCAGCUCAACUCCAUCAUCAUGAUCGAUUUGCACGGGAACCCGUGGGAUUGCUCGUGCAACAUCGUGCCCUUCAAGCAGUGGACGGAGAAACUCGGGGCCGACGUGAUAGUGAGCGACCUAAAGUGCGAGUCACCCGAGAGGUUCUGGAAGCGAGAUUUCCGUUACGUAAGGAACGACCUCAUGUGCCCCAAACUGUACGAGCGCGUGCCCCCCACCUCCCAGUCCAAAAACAGCACUUUCACCCUGGACUCGGGCACGCGCUCGAACUCCUACUUGGAGCCCAACAGGGUGUCCAUCUCGGUGCUGGUGCCCGGGCUGCUGCUGGUGUUCGUCACCUCCGCGUUCACCGUGGUGGGGAUGCUGGUGUUUAUUUUGCGGAAUCGAAAGCGCUCGAAGCGGAGGGACGGGAACUCCUCGGCGUCGGAGAUUAACUCCUUGCAGACGGUGUGCGACUCGUCUUACUGGCACAGCGGGCCUUAUCACGCGGACGGGGGCGCGCACCGGGGCUUCGACUGCAGCACGCAUCUCUCCACGACGAAUGACGCGUAA